CGGAGCUACAUGUCACAUUAUCUCUUGUUAUAUAAACCUAAACUAUAUUUCAUUCUAUCAUAUACUAUAAACUUGUUCCUCUUUAUCAACUAGGUAUCUCAUCUUCAAAACCCUAAUUAAAUAAUGUCCAUGAAAGGGAUCUCAUCAGCAGAACCAGAUAAGAUCUCCAAGAGAAUGUCUUCUCAGAAGCGCAAUGAUGCUUAUUCAGACGAGAUCGACGUGUUCGAGGCCGCCGUAUACUUCUCCGGCUACAACGACUUCUCCUCCGGUGACCAUAGACACACACAAAAGUAUGGCUAUAACGCCGCGAGAGAGGAGAAUCGAAGGAGAUGGGGAAUAUUAGGAGGAGGAAGAAGAAGAAGCCUGGAUUUGCCGAUAAGAUGUUCAGAGCAAGUGCAUCGUCUUCACCAAGAUCAUCCUGAGAAACAAGACGUAACAAUAAUCAAAGAGAGGUUUGGUAACGUGAGACACAAGCAACCAAGCUCACCUGGUGGAAGAAUCGCCAGCUUCUUGAACUCUUUAAUGGGUUCAAAGAAGAGCAAGUCAAAGGCAAAGACAACGAACCAAGAAGUCGAAGAAGAGAUCCAUGGAGGUGGAUGGAUGAGGAGGAGGAGAAGAAGCAGUAUCAGCCAUUUCUUAAGCUCAAGCAAAUCUAACUCAACAGCCACAACAACAUCAUCAUCAUCGAAAUCUCUUUUCUCGUCGUCAAGCUCGGGUUUCAGAACUCCUCCUCCUUAUCUAAACACACCCACCAAGAACUACAAGCAGUUCUUGAAUUUCACAACUGCCACAAACCAAGUGGAAGUGCUAGAGGAAAAGAAAAUAAACAAAGAGUUGGCUUGGCUUGAUGAGAAACUUAAAGUGAUGGAAAACCUCUCAGAAAAAGAGAAGUUUUGGGCUGACCAUGAUGGUGAUGAUGAUGAUGAUCGGAGAAUAAAGAGAGAGGGAUAUGAUGAUGGAAUGGAGAGUGAUUCAAGUUCUGAUUUAUUUGAGUUGCAGAACUACGAGUUGUCUCGUGGAGGCUUGCCUGUUUACGAGACCACCAAUGUAGCUAACAUCAACAACAGUACUCAUCUAUAAUCUCUAUCUUGGAGUGUCAUGAAAUCCAUCAGAUCUUGGUAAAAAAAACCCAUAAAAAUAAUUACAUUAGUUGUUCUUGUCUGAUUGAUUAAUAUGAAGAUUAUAUAUAUAUGUAAUAUACGUUUGGAUUUUUGGGAUUUGAUUGUGGAAGUUUUUUUUAUAUGAGAGCUGAGGGUAGAUUUGAUAAAUACCUUCUCUUACAUGGAUUUUUGUUUCUAUCUCAAGUAUUUUCUUGUAAAAUGUUUUUUUUUUUGUAUAAUAUUGUAAAUAUUUUUGUUAUCAGAUUACGUGGUAACCAUUC